UGAUCACUCUAGUUUUCUGGAAUUACGGUUGUGUUCUUCUGUUGGUGGUUGUUAGUUAUCGUGGUUAGGGGAAGCUAGGAAAGAUGCUUUCUCUGCAGGAGGCGAACGGGCUGGACCUGGACGUCAUGGGGUCGGGGUUCGGGUUCACCCCGUGGGGCCCCGACACGUGCCCCUCAUUCGCCCAGCUCAUGGCGCCCACCACCACGCCGACCUCCUCGUCGUCCCCCUGCUCCUCGGCUGGCGACGCGGCGGAGGCGUGCGGGAUGACGCUGGAGGAGGAGGAGGCGGAGCGGCGGCGGCGGCAGCGCCGGAAGGCGUCGAACCGGCUGUCGGCGCGGCGGUCACGGGCACGCAAGCAGCAGCGGCUGGAGGAGCUCCGCGGGACGGCCGCGCAGCUCCGCGCCCAGAAGCGGGAGCUGGCCGCAAGGCUCGGCAUCGCGGCGCGGCACGAGCUCGCCGCGCGACGCGACAACGCGCGCCUCCGCGCCGAGUUCGCCGCGCUCGCGCGACGGUACCGCGAGGCACGCCGGACUCUCGCGCUGCAGCGGCUCGCGCAGCAGCUCCGCUCGCGUGCUCGUCCGGUUCUGCAGCCGGCCGUCGGCGGAUCAGGGGUAGCCCCGGCCUUCGUGCCGGGACCGGGAGCGGCGAUGGGGCUGGCGUCUCUGAUGACCUAG